AUAGCCACUCUGAGUUUUUUGUGAAACCUGAAACGCCCUUGUGAGAAUUGACUGUUGAGAAGGCGGGUUUUCGAAGAAACAAAAUCUUCGAAGCUUUCCCAGCGUUUUGGUUCAUCUAGGGUUUAACAUUCCAGUUCGAUACCAUCCAAGGAAACUUGUUUGGCUUCGUCAUUCGUUCUAAAUUCGAUGGAUUCAUUUUCGGUUUCUUCGUCUGCAGCAAUGGCGCAGCAAACAUGGGAGCUCGAGAACAACAUCGUAAACAUGGAGGGUCCUUUGGCGGACUCGGACGCCAUUUAUUUCUACGAUGAGGCCGCGCAGGCCAAGUUCCAGCAAGAGAAGCCAUGGGCAAACGAUCCUCACUACUUCAAGAGGGUUAAGAUUUCAGCUCUAGCGCUACUAAAAAUGGUUGUUCAUGCUCGAUCGGGUGGAACUAUCGAAGUUAUGGGUUUGAUGCAGGGGAAGACCGACGGUGAUGCCAUCAUCGUUAUGGACGCUUUCGCUUUGCCUGUUGAAGGCACAGAAACUAGGGUUAAUGCCCAAGCUGAUGCUUACGAGUACAUGGUCGAUUAUUCUCAGACUAAUAAGCAGGCUGGGCGGUUGGAGAAUGUGGUUGGAUGGUACCACUCUCAUCCUGGUUAUGGAUGCUGGCUUUCGGGUAUCGACGUUUCAACACAGAUGCUUAACCAGCAAUUCCAGGAGCCGUUUUUGGCAGUAGUUAUUGAUCCAACUAGGACUGUAUCUGCUGGAAAAGUUGAAAUUGGAGCUUUCCGAACGUACCCACAAGGUUAUAAGCCUCCUGAUGAGCCUGUGUCGGAGUAUCAAACUAUCCCACUAAAUAAGAUUGAAGACUUUGGUGUACACUGUAAACAGUACUAUGCAUUGGAUAUAACAUAUUUCAAGUCGUCUCUUGAUUGCCACCUGUUGGAUCUGCUUUGGAACAAGUAUUGGGUGAAUACUCUUUCUUCUUCACCAUUGUUAGGAAAUAGAGACUAUGUUGCAGGACAGAUAUCGGAUUUAGCGGAAAAGCUGGAGCAAGCAGAAAAUCAAUUAGCUCAUUCACGCUUUGGGGCUUUUAUAUUUCCCUCUCAGAGAAAGAAAGAGGAAGAAUCUCAACUUGCCAAGAUCACUCGUGAUAGUUCAAAGAUAACUGUGGAACAAGUUCAUGGUCUCAUGUCACAGGUUAUCAAGGACAUCCUUUUCAACUCCGUGCGUCAGUCAAACAGAUCUCGUGUGGUGGCAACAGAGCAAUCAAGUCCUGAGCCCAUGGUUGAAACCUGAUAUCAAGGACAUACUUUUCUGCUACUCCUGCACGCUGUGAGAUAAUCUGAAUACUUGCGGAGGCAUAAUCAUUUGCUUUAAUGUAAAUCCCAUUUAGAUAACAUGCAACAUCGAAUUAAAUUGUGAUAUUGAGGAUCCAUUUUAUUAGCGCUUCAAAUACCUUCAGUUUCCCAGAAGUAAUCAUGUGGAUCCUGUAAUUUCUGUUUUGUACUUUUUUCUCCAAUUUCAGUAAGAACUCCGGUCAUACAAAUUGUUAUUUUGGUGAUGGGGUUGUUUUUA